AUGGUCACUUACCUCCCUAUUUCCUCGCCAUUUAUUCGCUUUGCCGGAAGAUUUGUAGAUGAAUCCUUUGGGGUCGCCGCUGGCUGGAAUUUCUUCAUCUUCGAGGCCUUUCUCGUGCCCUUCGAAAUCGUGGCCUGCAAUGUCAUUAUUGGCUUCUGGAGUGAUGUCGUGCCUACUGGCGCCAUCAUCGCCAUCGUGGUCGUACUCUAUGCGGUCAUCAACAUGUUAGCCGUCAAAUGGUAUGGCGAAACCGAAUUCUGGGCCGCCCUCGGCAAAGUCCUUCUCAUCAUCGGUCUCCUGCUCUUCACCUUCAUUUCCAUGUUAGGCGGUAAUCCCCAAAAAGACCGGUACGGAUUCCGGUACUGGAAGAACCCGGGCAGCUUCACAGAGCUCUACUACGAAGGCAAUCUCGGCCGUUUCCUCGGAUUCCUCCAAUGCCUCAUCCAGGCCAGCUUCACCAUUGCCGGCCCAGACUACGUCUCCAUGGCGGCCGGGGAGACGGAGAACCCGCGCGUGGUCCUUCCGCGCGCCUACAACGCCGUCUUCUACCGCCUCACCACCUUCUUCGUCCUCGGCUCCCUCGCCGUCGGCAUCAACGUCCCCUACAACGACCCCGAACUCAUUGCCGCCUUCAAACUCGGCAAGCCGGGCGCCGCAGCCUCGCCCUACGUCAUCGCCAUGAACAGAUUGCGCAUCGAAGGCCUCCCCCACGUCGUCAACGCCGGUGUCCUCGCCUCUGCCUUUUCGGCAGGCAACUCGUACGUCUACUGCGCCUCGCGCUCGCUCUACGGGCUCGCGCUCGAGGGCAAGGCGCCCAAGGUGUUGACCAAGUGCACAAAGCAGGGUGUACCCUAUCUCUGCGUCGCCAUCGUCCUCGUCAUCUCCCUGCUCUCCUUCUUACAGCUGGGCGAGCAGUCGGCCGUCGUGCUCAACUGGUUUGUCAGCUUGAUUACGGCGUCCCAGCUCAUCAACUUUAGCGUCAUGUGCUUUACCUACAUUUGCUUCUACAGGGCUUGCAAGGCUCAGGGCCUCGAUCGCAGGACGCUGCCCUAUGUGGGCUAUUUGCAGCCGUAUGCGGCAUAUUAUGGCUUGGUGUGCACCUUUGUCAUGACCUUUGUCGGUGGCUAUACCGUGUUUCUUAAGGGGUAUUGGGAUAUCCCUUCGUUUUUGUUCUCCUAUCUCAUGGUCAUGGUCUUCCCUGUCCUCUACCUCGGCUGGAAAAUCCUCAAAAAGACAAAAUUCGUCGCCCCCCACGCCGCAGACCUCUACUCCGACGUCGCCGAGAUUGAAGAGUAUACUCGGAAUUUCAGGCCCAAGAAGGAGACGAAUAUGUUUAUUCGCGUGUUGGACAAACUGUUUGGUUGA